GUCCACUCUCCUUCCGCUAGCAUGGCGGCAUCUACCCAGUACCGACAGCUGAUCAAUGACUACGGACCCCCAUCUCUAGGCUAUACCCAGGGUACAGGGAGCAGCCAGGUACCCCAAAGCAAAUAUGCAGAACUUCUAGCUAUCAUCGAAGAACUAGGGAAAGAGAUCAGACCCACAUAUGCAGGGAGCAAAAGCGCCAUGGAGAGGCUGAAACGAGGCAUCAUUCAUGCUCGAGGAUUAGUCCGGGAAUGCCUGGCAGAGACUGAACGGAAUGCAAGAUCCUAGCCUCCCACUUCAUUUCCAAAGUUUUCCAUUUCUUUGUGAAGAAGAAAGAGUAACACUUAUUCCUCUGGUGACUUUCAAAACAUUCAUCUGAAUCCCAUAUUUUGAAUGUUCUAAAAGUUUCGGUUCUUUCCCCUUUUCUUCCUCCCAUCCCCAAGACACAGUCUAAGAAUAGAAGAAAAGACAACUUUGCAGUCAAGAUUUCCAUUAUAAGUAGUUAGAACAACCUAGGUUACUUUUUUUUUUUUUUUAAGCAUUGAGAUCCAGAAAAUGCAUGUAGACAAUUCUGCUUCUGUUCUUGCAAACUAUAGUUUACUGCCCUGCUAACUUGUCCAAAUCUUUGAUUUUCUUCCUUUGCGUACGCUUAAAACAUCACACAAAUUGUCGUUCUUUGCACCUUUUCCAGAAUCUCCAAUAACUCUUAAGGAUUUUUUCAUGAGUCAAUGCCAACUGCUUGUUCUUCCUGACAGUUUGGUAUCUCCUGGUUAGGGCUACACCGAUUGAGACCCUGCUUUAAAAAAAAGAACUUUUUGUUUUUUGGUAUGUGAGCAUUUGCAUGAUUGUUUGUGCUUUGAAUUUAAAUGCAUGAGUUAUAAAUACAGAGGACUGAGCAGCCUACUGAAAAAUUAAGAACCCAGAUAGUUACUUUUCAGACAAAGACUGUAGAUUUCAGGUCUUGAGUUUGCCAUAGAAUGACUAAAAAAAUCUGGAUAAAUGACUAAAACUGUUACGUGCAUCUUUGUAUUUAUUACUUGAUGUAAUAAAGCUUAUUUUCAUUAACAA